CGACGUGUAUUGCAUGAUCUUAAACGGCUUAAAAAAAACAAGGCAACGUGAGCUUGUCAUUCUCAUUGAAUUUGACAUUUUUGUCAAUCUAAAAAUAAUAAAUUCCUUCCAACACCGUAUUUUAUUCAAUUUCAAGAACAUCAAACUUUUAAGAACAGGAUGUCGGACGUAAAGAUCGUCGCGGCGUCGAUCGUCAGCUUCCUAAAGCAACAACUUGAAGGUUCGGAACUGAGCGCUGACAGCCGCGAGAGCGUUGAAGUCGCCGUGCAAUGCAUAGAGACUUCGUUCGAACUUGGGGCAGCCGACUCGGCGCGUGCCGUCGACCUGCUGGCGCUCGUGCGUAACACGAACACCGCGGGCGGCGUCGCACCGGGGCCUGUCAGUGCAGCUACCAGUGCUGCCGCUGAGCAGCUUAAGAACGAGGGUAACGACCUGAUGAAGGCGGAGAAGCACCGCGAGGCACUGGAACGCUACUCGCGCGCCGUGGAGCUAGACCCCCGAAAUGCUGUGUAUUUCUGCAAUCGCGCUGCCGCUCAUUUCAAGCUGGGUGAGCACGAGGCGGCGGUUGCCGACUGCACAGCAGCACUCGCACUGCAACCUGACUACAGCAAAGCGCACGGUCGUCUUGGACUUGCAUUGACCGCGCUCGAGCGACAUCGUGAGGCGCGCCAGGCAUACGCGCGCGCUGCGCAACUUGAGCCAGACAACGAGUCGUACCGCCAAAACUUGCGUCUCGCUGAUGAACGGCUUGCUGCGCGUGGUGAGCGUGGGCCUGUGGACCUAGGAGGGCUUCUGCAAAACCCUGCUUUGCUCAAUAUGGCUACAGAGAUGUUGGCAGAUCCCAACAUGCAGAAUCUUAUCUCUGGACUUAUGAGUGGCACACAAGCACAAGGAGGAACAGCUGCAGCGGGUGCUGGUGGUAUGAGCGCAUUGUUGGAGGCAGGGCAGGCUCUGGCUCAGCACAUGCAGGCAGCCAACCCCGAGCUGGUGGAGCAGCUGAGGCGCCAGGUGCGCCCUCCUGGGCCCACACCACCACAGUGAGCAACAUUACAAGCCUACUCUUUGGGACUCUGAGCUAACCUGUGUUUUGUCUCUCAUGGACGGAAUGUUGCUAGCUAUAUAACAUUUUACUCUCCAUUCCAAAUAAAUCUACAUAAAAGGAAAUUAACUUUUUAACACUGCCUUUUUUUAAAUUAUAAACUAUGAAAUUAUAUUUCAGUGUUUAAUACAUGAAUGGUAUAUUUUCUAAUGUAAAUAUGCCAUUUUUCAAAUUAGUAGAAUUAUUUUACAUAGAUUAAAGUCAUUGCACAUACAUGCUAUAAUUUUAAUCGUGUAAAUAAAUGCCUAAGGUAAAUUAAAAUUUUACUGAGUACUUUUUGUUAAUUUUGGCAAAUGUACUUUUACCAUUGACUGAAUAUUAAAAGAUCAAUGACCAUUUGUAUAGAUUUAUUGGAACAAAUCAAUCAUUAUUCAUCCACUCAGUUUCCUGUUUGGUUAUAGAAUUAAGUUACUCUUACAGAUAUGGGAUGUAGAUUUUCUUAUAAUCAAAUUAUUUAUUUGGUGAACCUACUUGAUAUAUGCAUUUAUUUAGAAACAAAUUAUGAAUGUUUUUCACAGUAUCCCUGAAAUUUAGAUAGGGUUGGGUUGUUUGCAAGUUGUGGUGAUAUUGGUAUGGGAUCAUAAGUUGUAUGAUAUUGAUAUUGUCAUAUAAAACAAAUUGCUCCAACCACAACUUAGCACAAUGGCAACGAAUAUUUUGUCUUAAAGCUUUCAUAUAAUUAACUAAUUCUAAAUAGUCCUAGGGGUUCCAGGGUGCUUAACUAAUUAUUAAUGCUUUGUCGUGGACGAAACAACUGUUACUGUCCCACUAGUAUGGAAGAAUGGUAGGGGUAGAUGACUACACUACCCUACGGAGCGUUAAUGAUUAGCAUGUUAGCUAAGCACCAUGAUACCCUUACAUCAGUGCUGUAAAAAUUUGCAUUUUGUGUGUUACAUAAACUUACCUAAAUAUGUUGUAUGUCAGAUCACUAUUGCAUGGUGCUAUUUGUACUAUUGAAAACAUUAACAUACUGUACUACCAGGGCCGGAUUUAGGGAAGGGCAACCGGGGCUACAGCCCCGGGGCCUCCACAAAAGAGGGGCCCCCACAAUAGAGAUUUCGGAAAAUUUACCAUUUUAUUUGGAAAAUAAUUUGGGGCCAGGGGGCCUCCACUCCUUUAUUGCCCGAGGCCUCCAGACCUCUAAAUCCGGCAUUGUGUACUACACUAGUAAUAGACUCAUCUUUUAUCCAUGCAUUCAACUACAUUGGAAGUCAUAAGAAUUCAAAAUAUAUGCAGUGCAGUCCUGCCUGUAGGUACUGUGCUGGCAAACAUGUAAAUAAAAUACAGAUGUGUAUUGCAUUAAAUGUGGGCAAAAAUACGUGUAGUCUGUGUAAUUUUGUGCAAACAAUUUGCUCAUAAGUCAUAAAUACUGCAAAAAGUUCCCUUCCAGGAACAACCUAUUCUGUUCACAUUAGUGUUUUUUCCAUGCAUGUGAAGAUUCUCUAAUAAAAGGACUUUCAUGCACCUUACGCUAAGGGGCAUUAUCAUCUAUGUGACUAUGUGAUUGAUCAUCUUGUUUGCAUAGAUGGUUUGGACGCUGACUAUACAUAUGCACAAUGUUAUGACAGCCGCCGCGGGCGUCUCCACGCGACUAUCUCUAGCUAAGAUAUGAAACUGGUUUUGUUAAUAAAUUUAUUUGAAAAA